UGUCAAGUGAACGUCAUAAUCAACUUCAAUCGAGUCGACGAAGCGAAUGUAAAAGUCGCGUUAAAUCCACAAAGGUGAUUGUGUUAUCCAUUUAAAUAUUGUAUUAGUGUUUCUACGUGUUUCAACGGCGGCUAAGAGGUAACACCAAAGGCUAUCACGGUCGAGACUGCCAACCCCAACACGAGCCGAUCCGCGGUGAUACAAGAUGGCGUCCAAAGCCAUUUACGAGGCGACCGGCAAAGACCUUAUAACCAGGCACAUAGGGUCAGGUACUGCAUUAGUACCAUGUAGGUUCGCUGUCUUCGAGGAAAGCACCGUCUGGGAAGACGAAAUCGGAAAAAAUCCAUGGCUCACCAAAGAGUCUUUAGUGGUGAAGCCGGAUCAAUUGAUAAAGCGUCGAGGCAAACUGGGUCUUGUCGGUGUCAACAAGAGUGCGGCUGAUGUACGCCGCUGGUUGGCAGAGCAUGCAGGCAAGGAACAACAAGUUGGCGCAGCUCUUGGCAAACUAAGGAGAUUUGUUGUCGAACCAUUUGUCAAACAUGACGCGAACGAGGAAAUGUACCUAUGCAUUCAGUCUGGCCGGCGAUCUGACACCAUCUUGUUCCAUCACCAAGGAGGUGUAGAUGUUGGAGAUGUGGAUGCACUGGCUCUUAGAUUAGAGGUUCCCGUUGACACUUUUCCUACUGGUGAGGAAGUUGACACACAAUUGCUCAAGAAUGUCAAAUCAACUUCUGUUAGAAGAAUAAUAACAACAUUCAUUCUAUCCCUCUACAAAGUAUACGUGGAUUUACAUUUCACUUAUAUGGAGAUCAAUCCAAUCGUGGUGACAGGUGACAGGAUUUAUCUGCUAGAUCUAGCCGCGAAACUGGACCAGACUGCCGACUUUAUAUGCGCUAAACACUGGGGAGAGGUGACAUUCCCACCUCCUUUCGGAAGAGAUGCCUACCCCGAAGAGGCUCACAUCGCUGACCUGGAUGCUAAGAGUGGAGCCAGUUUGAAGCUGACAGUGCUGAACAAAUCCGGUCGCAUCUGGACCAUGGUGGCUGGAGGGGGCGCGUCUGUCGCGUACAGUGACACUGUAUGCGCUCUGGGCGGUGCGGGAGAGCUGGCCAACUACGGCGAGUACUCCGGCGCGCCCACAGAGGCGCAGACCGCGGACUACGCUAGGACAAUCUUCAGUCUUAUGUGCAGGGAGAAACAUCCCGACGGCAAGGUGCUGAUCAUCGGCGGUGGUAUAGCUAAUUUCACGAAUGUGGCGGACACCUUCCGCGGCAUCAUCAGCGCUAUUGAGACAUACAAGGAUGCUCUCCUCCAGUACAAUGUCACAAUAUUUGUGAGAAGAGGAGGUCCUAAUUAUCAGGAAGGACUCAGACAAAUGCGCGAAGUGGGUCAACGUCUCCGCAUACCUCUAUACGUGUUCGGACCAGAAAGCAACAUGACGGCGAUAGUUGGCCUGGCGCUGGGACAUUCACCUAUACCUGCAGACCAUCAGCUGGACUACGCGCCUAAACAACUGCCCAAACCCAAACCUGUGCCGGCACCAAAGCUAGAUCUACCAGAGUUGACACCAGCCCUGUUAGACCUGGUAUGCUCCCAGGCACCCACACGUAUGGACCUGGGACAGCCGCUCAGUACAGCAAGGCCGCUCUUCACUGACCGCACUAAAGCCAUCAUCUGGGGAAUGCAGAAUAGAGCUAUACAGGGCAUGCUGGAUUUCGAUUACAUUUGCCGUCGCUCGGAGCCAUCAGUGGUGGCCAUUGUCUACCCCUUCACUGUUGACCACAAGCAGAAAUAUUACUUUGGAAAUAAGGAAGUCUUCAUACCAGUAUUCUCUGACAUGGAUGUAGCGAUGCGCAAACAUCAAGAAGCAACAGUUUUGGUUACAUUUGCAUCACUUCGCUCUGCCUACGAUAGUACCAUACAGGCGAUGCAACAUCCACAAAUUAACACAAUAGUUAUAAUAGCUGAAGGUAUUCCGGAGAAUAUGACGAGGAAACUCAUCAAAGUGGCUGAUCAAAGAGGGGUGACUAUCAUAGGUCCGGCGACCGUGGGUGGCAUUAAGCCUGGCUGCUUCAAGAUUGGCAACACUGCUGGAAUGAUAGAUAAUAUUAUUGACAGCAAAUUGUAUCGACCUGGCAGCGUGGCAUAUGUAUCCCGGUCUGGUGGCAUGAGUAAUGAAUUGAAUAAUAUCCUCUCCAAGGAAGCUGAUGGAGUUUGUGAAGGUGUGGCCAUAGGAGGUGACAGAUACCCUGGCACCACCUUCCUUGAUCACCUUCUCAGGUUCGAAGCGGAUCCCAAUGUGAAGAUGCUGGUGGUGCUGGGUGAAGUGGGAGGUGUCGAGGAGUACCAUAUCUGCCGUGCCAUCCGUGACAAGCUUAUCACCAAGCCUAUGGUGGCAUGGUGUAUUGGCACUUGCUCAGAUAUGUUUUCAUCGGAAGUACAAUUCGGACACGCGGGUUCUCUCGCCGGAUCAACAUUAGAGAAAGCUGCAGCUAAGAACGCGGCGUUGAAAUCAUUCGGUGUCACCGUACCUGAAUCUUUUGAUAGUCUGGGCAAAGCGGUGAACCAGGUGUACCAGAAACUGGUUGAUCAAGGCAAGAUCAUCGUGAAAGAGGAGGUGGAACCACCUAAAGUACCUAUGGACUACGAUUGGGCCAGGAAAUUGGGCAUAAUCCGCAAGCCGGCAGCAUUCAUUAGCACGAUAUGUGAUGAGCGCGGUCAGGAGCUGUCCUACUGCGGUGUACCCAUCAGCCAGGUGCUGGAGCGCGGCCUCGGCGUCGGCGGCACUGUCAGCCUGCUCUGGUUCCAGCGCGAGCUACCAUCCUGGGCGUGCCGGUUCAUCGAGCUGGUGCUGAUAGUGACAGCAGACCACGGCCCCGCUGUCUCCGGCGCACACAACACGAUGGUCACAGCGCGCGCCGGCAAGGAUCUCAUCUCAUCUGUUGUCAGCGGACUUCUUACUAUUGGUGACAGGUUCGGAGGAGCAUUGGAUCGUGCUGCAGCAGACUUCUGUGCGGCAUACGACAAGGGUCAGCAUCCCCAGGAGUUUGUUAACGAGAAACGUGCUAAGGGUGAACUGAUUAUGGGUAUUGGACACAGGGUGAAAUCAAUAAACAAUCCAGAUUCUCGUGUGCGUGAACUAAAAGCGUAUGUAACAUCUCGAUGGCCGGCGUGGCCUGUGACGCGGUAUGCUCUAGACGUGGAGGCGAUCACAACACGGAAGAAGCCCAACCUUAUCCUGAAUGUGGAUGGUAUUGUUGCUGCAGCAAUGGUGGACCUCUUCAGACAUUGUCAGCUGUUCACACAGGAGGAAGGUAACAACUACAUCCAGAUGGGCGCUAUCAAUGCUCUGUUCGUGUUGGGUCGCACCAUCGGCCUGGUGGGACAUUAUCUCGAUCAGAAGAGGAUGAAGCAACCACUGUACCGUCACCCCUGGGAUGACAUCACAUACAUGGCACCCAACAACUAGAUCUGUAAACUUAUUGUGUUGGCUUAAUAUAAUAUUUAUUUAAUAAUCUGGGACGGUGAGGAAAAGAAAAUCUAGAUGAAAACAAGGAUAUUUGACCCGUUGAGCUGUUUUUGUGGUAUAUAGGACUAGGGCCUAAUUUUAGUCCUUUUUCUUAUAAAGAUCGGAAGUGAAAGUGGAU